GAAAGCCUUGCGAAGUUUCCUGACUUGGGGAAAGAGUGCCUUCCUUCCUUCCUUCCUUCCUUCCUUCCUUCCUUCCUUCCUUCCUUCCUUCCUUCCCAGGGGGAAGGGGAGAUGGCUCUUCUGCCCAGGUUGGAGCCUGGCUGCAAGGACAGGCUGCAGGAAGGAAGUCAGCCCAGUGGUGCUUCAGGUUCAGCAGAGCCAAGCCAGGACCCUCCACCUGCCUUUCCUGCUGCUGGGAAUGGAGGGCAGUUGUGGGGAGGAGGAAGCCUUCUUGUGGGGAAGGAGGAGGGGGGGCUGCUAAGGGGAGAGCCCCCACCACCUUCAGGGGCAGAGCGCCAGAGCUUCAGGCAGUUCACCUACCAGGAGGCCUUGGGGCCCCGAGAGGCCUGCAGCCGCCUCCACUCUCUCUGCCGCCUGUGGCUGAAGCCCCAGCGACACUCCAAGGCGGAGAUGCUGGACCUGGUCAUCCUGGAGCAGUUCCUGGCCGUCCUUCCUGCCGAGAUGGAGCGCUGGGUCAGGGAAUGUGGGGCAGAGACCAGCUCCCAGGCCGUGGCCUUGGCUGAAGGCUUCCUCCUGAGUCGGGCAGAAGAGGAGAAAGAGAAGGGACAACAGGCGGCGGACUUGUGUGCAGAAGUGGCUUCCGCCUUGGAAAGGCCUUCCUCCACCUCCAGCCGGUUGUCAGAUUGUGCAGGAGAAAGAGACCCUCCCAGCUCCAUAAGAGGUGAAUCAGAACCAACACAUACUGGCUUACCUCUUCCUUCUGAUGCACGCAGCGCACCUUCUGUGAAACCAGAUAAGGUGACCUUCCAAGAGGUGACCGUGUCUUUCAGUGAGGAGGACUGGGCCUUGCUGAGUACGGACCAAAGGGCCUUGCAUCAAGAAGUUAUGGAGAAAAAUCUGGAGAUGGUGUCCUCUUUAACAAUUCGCGGAGAAGGGGAACCAUCUCAAUACUGGGACUGUGGAGAGAAUCAGGAGCUGUCUCUCUCUCGUCAGCAAGCAAUGACCACUAAGAGGAAGCCCUUCAAGUGCUUGCAGUGGGGAAAAUGUUUCCGUCAGAAGAAAAGCAUUGCUAAGAAUCAAGCAACCCACACCAGAGAGAAAAAGUUCAAAUGCUUGGAGUGUGGAAAGUCUUUUAUUCGGAAGGGACAUCUCACUACUCAUCAAACAAUUCACUCAGGGGAGAAACCCUUUAAAUGCUUGGAAUGUGGGAAGAGUUUCACUCAGAAAACAAGCCUCACCUAUCAUCAUGCAAUUCAUUCUGGGGAGAAGCCAUUUAAAUGCUUGGAGUGUGGGAAAGGCUUCAUUCAGAAGACAAGACUAACUUCUCAUCAAACAAUUCACUCGGGGGAGAAACCCUUUAAAUGCUUGGAAUGUGGAAAGUCUUUUAUUCGGAAGGCACAUCUCACUUCUCAUCAAACAAUUCACUCUGGGGAGAAAACCUUCAAAUGCUUGGAGUGUGGAAAGAGUUUCACUCAUAAGUUAAGCCUCACCUAUCAUCAAGCAGUCCAUUCUGGGGAGAAGCCAUGUAAAUGCUUGGUGUGUGGGAAGGGCUUCAUUCGGAAGAAACAUCUGAUUUACCAUCAAGCAAUUCAUACUGGGGAGAAGCCAUUCAAAUGCUUGGAGUGUGGAAAAGGCUUCAUUCAGAAGAGACAUCUGACUUAUCACCAAGCAAUUCAUACUGGGCAGAAGCCAUUUAAAUGCUUGGAGUGUGGAAAGCGGUUCACUCAUAAGUUAAACCUCAACUGUCAUCAAGCAGUCCAUUCUGGGGAAAAGCCAUUUAAAUGCUUGGAGUGUGGAAAGCGUUUCACUCAUAAGUUAAGCCUUACCUAUCAUCAAGCAGUCCAUUCUGGAGUGAAGCCAUUUAAAUGCUUGGAGUGUGGAAAGACUUUCACUCGUAAGUUAAGCCUCACCCAUCAUCAAGCAGUCCAUUCUGGGGACAAGCCAUUUAAAUGCUUGGAGUGUGGGAAGGGCUUCAUUGAGAAGAAACGCCUGAUUUAUCAUCAAGCAAUUCAUACUGGGGAGAAGCCAUUUAAAUGCUUGGAGUGUGGGAAGGGUUUCACGCACAAGAUAGGCCUCAGCAAUCAUCAAACUACUCAUACUGGGGAGAAGGCAUUUAAAUGUUUGGAGUGUGGAAAGAGUUUCAGUCAAAAGACACACCUGACUAAACAUAAAGCUAUUCAUACUGGGGAGAAGCCAUUUAAAUGCUUGGAGUGUGGAAAGGGCUUCAAUCAGAAGAUACAUCUGACUUAUCAUCAAGCAAUUCAUACUGGGGAAAAACCAUUUAAAUGCUUAGAGUGUGGGAAGGGCUUCGCUCACAAGAUAAGUGUCACCAAACAUCAAAAUACUCAUACCGGGGAGAAGCCAUUUAAAUGCUUGGAGUGUGGGAAGAGUUACACUCAGAAGAUGGGUCUUACCAAUCAUCAAGCUACUCAUACUGGGAAGAAGCCAUUUAAAUGCUUGGAGUGUGGAAAGAGUUUCACUGAGAAGAAAAGCCUCAUCUAUCAUCAAGCGAUUCAUACUGGGGAGAAGCUAUUUAAAUGCUUGGAGUGUGGGAAGGGCUUCAUUCAGAAGAUACAUCUGACUCGUCAUCAAGCAAUUCAUACUGGGGAGAAGCCAUUUAAAUGCUUGGAGUGUGGGAAAGGCUUCGUUCAGAAGAGAAAUCUCAGUUGUCAUCAAGCAAUUCAUACUGGAGAGAAACCAUUUAAAUGCUUGGAGUGUGGGAAGGGCUUCGCUCACAAGAUAAGCCUUACCAAUCAUCAAACUACUCAUACUGGGGAGAAGCCAUUUAUAUGCCUGGAGUGUGGAAAGGGCUUCCCAUACAAGGCAAGGCUCACACAACAUCAAAGAAUCCACACUGUAGAAAAACCAUUUCAAUGCUUGGAGUGUGGAAGAAGUUUCAAACAGAAGAAAAGCUUCCAUCUUCAUCAAGUGAAACACACAGGGGAAAAAACACUUUAAAUGCGCUUUUGCCAGUAGAAACACCUCCCUCCUUUUCCCUCAUCCAAACCAUGAGGAGACUGAACGUCUGCAAUAGAGAGAAAUAACUUUAAAAUUCUAUUUCUUUGUUGUUCUUUUUUCAGGAAUGACUGGAAUUUAAAAAAAAUUAUUUCUGAACAAACUUGCUUCUUUAUAUGAAAUAUCAAAACAAGUGUUGCUGAAAAUAAGAAAGAAGGACAAAAAAGAGGUUUCAAGCUAGAUAAGAUUCAUAUCCAGGAAUAUGAAGUAUAUCUUGGGACUCCACUUUUUCCCUUCACAAAGAGGGCUCAAAGCAGUUGUUCUCCUUGCUCUUCUUCGAUGAGCAUGAAAAGAUGUCUGCUGUGGGUUAGAUGGAUAGCUAGGCCCUGUUCACUUUCCUAUCUAGUGAUGUUCUUUUAAUAAAGUCUAUUAUAACUCGUUAA